CUUAGCAUACUCAUACUCAUACUUCUCACCACGUCUCGUUCUUAGAUCGGGAAGAAGAGGCAUUUUGGCAUUGGUACAUAUAAUGUAACAUAUAUAACGUACAUACCUAAAAAAAGAAACAUCCAAAAUGGCGCCUGCUUUGUCGUGCUUAUAACCAAAAGGAGUUCUUCGUUUAAUUGAAGAGUACAUCGUCGUCGAACCUGGUGUUGAUCAGUAUUGGAGAUGAGAAGUGAAACGAGGUAGACAAGAGGGUAAAAUGUCCAAUGGUGUGCCACUUCCAUGGACGAUACAAAUCAGCCAUUGAACAAAAAUUCCUGGAGCAAGCAGAGGAAGAAAUAACAAAGUUUUGUAAUUCUUGUGGACUCCGAGAUAACAGUGUUCUUGUCUUCCCUCCAUUGGAUGCUCACUAUCGCUUCCUUAUUCACCAGCUUGUAGGGGAAAGUUCUAGACUUCAGACAGUGUCAGUUGGGCAGGGGAGACAGAGAAGGAUUGUGGUCUACUUCACCUCUAAAAGAGAUUCUCAUAAGAUGACUCAACCCCAGUCAAGAACAGAAAAGACCUUCUUUGGAAGAGGCAGAGGCAGGAGGACCAAGAGGCCAGAUCAGGCACUGUAUGUACCAGGAGCACUUGGAAAAGCAAAGAAUGACCAAAUGAAGGAGAGUGCUUCUUCAGAAAUUUCUAAGAUAAAUAGUGACAUCAACGAUGGUGUAACCCCAUGUGCUCCAAAAGAUGACAGUCACCCCAACAAGGAAAAACAGUGCAGUCAAACAUGUGAAUCCAAAUUGAAUGAUACACUAUGUCAGGAUAUACCUCUGUGUACUGAAGAACUGGUGGAUGACAUUGCAGCAGGAAUAGAUAGUACAUCUUUGGUGGGUAAUAUGGAACAUGCACGUACAAACAUGGCAUCAGAUUUGUCUGUAAAUGAGAGAUUGCAGAAUGUUGGUAUUGGGGAUGAAUGGGAGAAAAUAGCUCUGCCCAACAGCAGUAACAAGAUAGAAUUUCCUGAGAGCUCCAGUGAAGCUUAUGACAAAGAAUCAGUUGAUUCGUUAGCAAAAGUAAUCAAUGAAAAUGAUCAAACUUUUGACACUUCCAGCCAGAGUAGGUCUUUCAGUCAGGAAAAUUGUUGUGACAAAGAUGUUGGUUUGGAAAAUGGUCUUUCCCAGACAUUCACAACAACAGGUAAUGGAACAGUUUACAAACAAAGAAUUGGCAAAUGUAUUGUAGACACUAAACAUGACAGUUGCAUUGAAAUGGAAGAGAAGAUUGUAUCAGGGCAAAAUCAAGGUACUGUUAACUCAACAGAAAAUGAUUCAGACAAUUUAAACCUACUGAGAACUGAAACUCAAUCCCUUAAGGAAGACUCUAUUUCUAAAGGAAAUUUUAAUGAUCCUCCUUUUGAUGAACAAAAGGCAGAGACUAAAGGUAGAGUUGAGAAAAGAUGUACUGACUUAGAUUUACCAGUUGAUGACUUUGAACCCGCAAUAUCUAUUCUGAGCAGAGGUGAUAAUGCAAAUGAGGCAAGGACUGGAAUAGCUGCACUUCACAAUGAAAGUGAUAGUGUAAAUCUUGAUUCUGUAAUAGAAGAAGGCUACAAUGUUUUGUCAGAUCCUGGUAGUGAUCAGCAAGAGGAAAAAGUAAUGAACAAAGAAUUUUUGGAUGAUCAUACUCAACCAGAAGCAACCUUAGAGGGUGUGGAAUCCAGUUCUGUUUUUGGUGAAGGAUUAUCACAGCCUUGUGGUGCAACAAGUGAUAUGCCUGUAGUAAGAAUUGGCCCACAAACAUAUCCAGUGAAUGUUCAAAUUGAUCACCAAGGUCUGCCAAUUAGUAAUUAUAAUGCAGAACUAGAUGAAGAUGCUACACCAGUGGAAUUGGGUAAGAGUCAGCCAAGUAUGAGUAAGGAAGAAAGACUUGAUGAAGCAGGGAUAAAAUCAAUGGAAAUGACUUCAGCAUCAGUGUGUGAAGAUGCUGAAAAUUGUGAGAAUCAACCAUCAAGAACAUUGGAUGUUAGUCCAACCUCUUUGGUCCUUGAAAAAGAUUCAGCAUCACAGAGAUUUAAAUCAGAUGUAGGAAAUUUAAAUGAGAACGCUGAAGAGUUGCAUACUCAAACUGAAAUUACUGGUGAGGAAGCCCAUGAGGUGUGCGAAAAUAAACAUGGUGUUUCAAAUUUAUCAGUGACAGAGUUGAAUGAAAAUGUUGGUGAACCUGAGAUGCAGCAUGAUAAGACAUUAAAGAAGAAGAAACGAAAGAAAGAUAAGGAUGUUAAGGAGAAUAAAUCAAAAUCCAAGGAAAAGGGUGAAAAAACAAAAAGAAAAGAAAAGAAAAAUUCAAAAGAAAAAAGUGAUAAAGAUGAAAAUUUCGAUUCUAAACAAAAGGAGAAAAAGCAUAAAAAAUCAAAAAGCAAGGAAGAAUCCCCAAAGCAAGGGGAUACAGAAGAUUUAAACGCAUGUGGUAAGGUAAUUGAGAGAGAAACUACUACUCAAAUAAAGCCUCAAGCAGGAUCGUCUAUAGAAAAGAAGGACAAUGAUAGUGAAGAUGAUGAUGACAACUGGGAAUCAAAUUUUAGUGAGAGUGGAGAUUGUCUCAAUCCAGAGCACUCUGAAGAGCUAACAAGAUUGACUGGAAUAGCUAAUCCUGAGGUUCAUAAGACUCAGUUUGAUUUUUACUCCUUUACGCCAAAGGAAGUUGAACUGGAUGAUGAAGAGUUUGGGCACAUUGUGGAAAUCUACAACUUUUCCCCUGAUUUAAAGACUCAAGACUUGAUGCAAGCUCUAAGUUCUUUCAGAAGCAAAGGAUUUGACAUCAAAUGGGUGGAUCACACACAUGCUCUAGCAGUGUUUUCAAGUCGGCAUGCGGCUCAAGAUGCCAUAAAGUUGUGCUCAGGUCCACUAAUGAAACUGCGGCCUGUUUGUGAAGGAACAUCAGAGUCAAAGAAGAAAGCUAGCAGGUGUUUUGACCUGCUGCAGCCAUAUAAGGCAAGACCACAGACUAGUAAGCUGCUAGCUGAUACGCUGGUUACAAAAGUACUUGGAGUGAAGUCGAAGAUGACCAGAGAGGAGAGGGCCAAGGAGAGAGAAAAACUCAAGGAAGCAAAAACAAAAAGACAAGAAGAAAAGAUGCGACAGGCUGACAUAUGGGGAGACUGAUGUUGAUAAAAUCAAAAUUCUCCCAAUCUUUUUUUUUUUUUUUAAUAAAUGUGGUAAAAUGAGCAUGUUUAGAGUUUCUAAAGCUUUCUUAUAAUUCCUGACAACUUCAGGACUUCCUUGCCAUGUCAAUUGUACCAUGUAAAUGCAAUUUUUUUAUCAGAAGAAAUAAAAUAUUCAGGAACAAGGUAUCAAAGGUUUC